CCGGAACUGUAGCCACGUCGUCAAUGUGUGAGUAGUGAGUGAAUGAGUGAGGAGGAAGAAGAAGGAAGGGUUUUAACUGAGAGCAGCAGUUUUCCGCAUGAUGGCCCAGUUCCAAGAAGUAUCAAAGCAGUCCAGUCAGCACCCAAAGCCUGUUGGGUUGGUUUUACAGUAUGGCACAGCUGGCUUUAGAACCAACGCUAAACAUCUGGACCACAUCAUGUUCAGGAUGGGACUAAUGGCCACGCUCCGCUCCAAGAAAACCAAAGCCACCAUUGGAGUUAUGGUCACUGCAUCACACAACCCAGAGGAGGACAAUGGGGUGAAGCUGAUUGACCCAAUGGGAGAAAUGGUGACACCCAUGUGGGAGUGCUACGCCACGCAGCUGGCCAACGCAGAACAGGACGAUUUACUCACUGCUCUGAAAGACAUUAUCGAGAAGACGGCCAUAGACAUGAGCCAGGAGGCCAAUGUAUUUGUGGGCAAGGACACCAGGAGCAGCAGUGCCAGGCUUUCACAGGCAGUGCUGGAUGGAGUGACUUCUCUCGGUGGUCACAGCAAAGACUAUGGUUUGGUGACGACCCCACAGCUGCACUACAUGGUUUGCUGUCAGAACACACAGGGUAAAUAUGGAGAGGCCACUUUGGAAGGAUACUACAACAAACUCUGCCAGGCUUUCAUUCAGCUUACCAGGAAUGCGUCCAACUGUACAGAUGACCAGAAGCACCUCUGCGUGGAUGGUGCCAACGGCAUUGGAGCUCUGAAGGUGCGUGAGAUGGAGAGUCGUCUGAAGAACGAACUGCAGAUUUCUCUCUUCAAUGACGGGAGCAAAGGCAAGCUCAACCACCAGUGUGGGGCCGACUUUGUUAAAGUGCAACAAAAACCUCCAACAGGUGUAGUGAUUAAUCCGGGGGAGCGUUGUUGUUCCUUUGAUGGAGACGCUGACCGAAUAGUUUAUUACUACUUGGACUCUGAGGGACAGUUUCACAUGCUGGAUGGAGACAAGAUAGCUACUCUCAUCAGCACUUUCCUCAAGGAGUUGCUCACACAGGCUGGUUUAGACUUGAAGAUAGCGGUGGUGCAAACAGCGUAUGCUAAUGGCAGCUCAACACAUUAUCUGGAGAACAAGAUGAAGGUAAUAGUGAGGUGUACUAAAACUGGAGUGAAGCACCUUCACCAUGCAGCCCAGGAAUUUGACAUUGGUGUAUAUUUUGAAGCCAAUGGCCAUGGGACUGUUUUGUUCAGUAAGACGGCUGAAGAGAAAAUUCAGCAGCUCACGCAGGACACCAACGCCAACGAUGAGAGCAAGAGGGCGGCUCUGCUCCUGCAGAACACUGUCAACGUCAUCAACCAGACUGUAGGUGAUGCAAUUUCCGAUAUGCUGCUGAUUGAAGCUAUAUUAGCCAUCAAGGGUAUGACUGUCCAGCAGUGGGACGCUAUCUACAGAGACCUGCCAAACAGGCAGCUUAAAGUCAAGGUGUCGGACCGCAGAGUGAUAGACACAACAGAUGCAGAGAGAAGGGCAGUGAGUCCAGAGGGACUGCAGGAGGCCAUCGACAGUUUAGUGAAGAAGCACAAACAGGCCCGCUCCUUUGUGCGACCCUCCGGCACCGAGGACGUGGUCAGAGUUUAUGCGGAGGCAGAAACACAGGAGAGUGCUGAUGCCCUCGCACAUGAAGUCAGCCUCGCAGUUUAUCGCCUUGCAGGGGGAGUAGGAGAUGAACCCAAACCAUUGCACUAGGAUUUAGGGGUGCACUUCAACAACAGUUCGGUUUGUAUUGCGGUUUUCGGUUCGGUACGUUUUUUAUUUUUUUGCACAUUAAGGAGAAGGAAAACGUGGUGGAAGUGGAAAAUGGGCAUUCACGUUAGCGUGUGUGUUAUUGUGAGCAGACUUGACUCGUGUUUUAUUGACGAGCUUUACUCACGUUACUGCCACAGUCUACACUAAUGGAGCCACACAGCGGAUUUAAAAGAUGACGGCCCCUCGGACAUUUGAUUUUCUCCUCCACUCGCCGUUCUCUGCUGACACUAACGCUAAAUUGUUUGGCAUCUGUUUUGUUUCCAUUGCCCCUCACGUGGUGUGAUACGUGAUUCCAAUGUGACAGUUAAGUAGACAGCUAGUGCCCUGCGCAUGAACAGGGAAAAAAAAAAUUUGUGUAUAAACACAGUUGUGCACACAAUCCAAAUCCAUGCCUAAUUUACUUAUGGAGAAUAUAUACAAAAAGUGCCCAAACCGAAUCGUAGCUUGUUGAUAUUGAACGUGAUAUUGAUGUCUCAGUUGGUGGUUUUUUUUGUUUUUUGUUUUUUCUAAUGGAAUGUAAUUUUAUAAAGCUGUGAUUAUCUAUUGAUAUUCGUGGUGAGGUGCAAACUCAUCUUGUACUGCUAAUUGCGCUCUGUGAUUUAUUUUUCUAUGUGUCUGUUGUGAAAAUGGUACUCUCCGAGUUAGACUUUGAUUUUAUGCAACUUAAGGUCAUAUUCUUGACCAUGUACCUAAUUAUGUUAUUUUUAAUUUUGUUAUUUUAUCCAUUAUAAAUAAUCAUGUGAACUGCCUCUGCCAUAAUUAAAUUAGUCGGAAAACAAAUUCAGAAGGUUUUAAGUGUUUAAUUUAAUUUUCUUUUUUUUUUUUUUACUUUUCACAACACCAAAAUCUGACGUUUACGUGGGGGAAGUAUCAGAUGUAGUUCACUGAAUAAUGGUUGGAAAGACGAUGCUAUGAAGUUUUAAUAAAUCAAUUUGUAAAUGUAAA